GAAACGUUUCAAAUGCGGAAGAUGUGUAUUCACAGAGCUCGAGCGCUGUUAACAGGUGCUCCGUGGCUGUGAAUGUACGUCCACAGAUUCACACUAAGUCAAAAAAAGUUAUCUGGAUGGAGAUCGUUUGUUACAUAACUUACUGGAUAUAACGCAACCGGACUGAAUAUCUCCGCGGCGAUACGCAGGAUUUAUUUUAGGGGCCCCCCACUCACUAUUGCAGCGUGUGGCCCCCUCGGACAGAGGGGGGUAAUCUGAACCCUCCUGUCACCUCGAUGCCCAAACAGAGGCGGAGGUCGCUGAGAGAGGCGGUGUUCUCCCGUUCGUCUCUUGUUUACGACGGAUCAGGGAGAGGAGGAGGAGAACGCGCAGGAAACUUUUCAUCCACAGAGAUAUGUGAUGAUCAAGCACAGAUGGCGGAACAGUACAGUGGGCAAGCAGGCUUUUUCUGCGACGGUAAGCCGGGGAGAGGGUGCCUAGUGCCGCAGGUGACCAUCACUUCUGAUGGGGACUCACGGGAGAUCACUGCGGAGGAUCUGGAGGAGGACGAGGUGAACGGACGGCUGCGCCGCAAGCUCUCCAACUCCUCAAUCUCUUCCAACGGCUCCUCAACGGUGUUUGACGAAUCGGAGGAUGACAUCCUCAGCGACAACGAGACCAAAAGCAAAGGCAUCGUGACUCUGGAACAUUUGGGGGACUCCGUAGAUUCAGGAGAGCAAAGCAAUGCCUGGUGGAAGCUGAAGACUAUUGUCCAUUGCCCUUUGGUGGCAUCACAACGAAGACGCCUACCCUGGGUUCAGUUAGCAGGCCAUAAAGGCAGCUUUAAAGCAGGGGAUGAGGGCACCAUACUGAAGAAGUUCUCAGAGAAUGAGAAGCUGUGUUUUGAGAGGCUGAAAGAGGAUGCUUUACAUUCCUUUGUGCCCGGCUACUAUGGAGUGGUGGAGAGAGACGGAGAGCUCUUUCUCAAAAUGAAAGACCUGUUGGCCAACUUUGAUUUGCCGAACGUCAUGGACUGCAAGAUGGGAGUGAGGACAUAUCUGGAGGAGGAGCUGGUGCGGGCAAGGGUGAAGCCAAAGCUGCGUGAGGACUUGUAUAAUAAGAUGCUGGAGGUGGACAGUGAGGCUCCAACAGCAGAGGAGAAGAAGCAGCAGGCAGUUACCAAACCACGCUACAUGCAGUGGAGAGAAAGCGUCAGCUCUACUAACACUCUGGGCUUCCGCAUUGAGGGUAUCAAGAGAGGAGAAACCUGCAACACAGACUUUAAAAAGACCCGGUCAAUGGAAGACGUUAUUCAGGUCUUUAAGGAUUUCGUCGAAGGCAAUAAAAACAUAAUUAACUCUUAUAUUACAAGGCUUGACGAUAUUAAACAGGCACUGAAAGCCUCAGAAUUCUUCAAGAAACACGAGGUCAUUGGCAGUUCGCUUCUCUUCAUUCACGAUCACAAAAAUAGAGCUGAAGUCUGGCUCAUUGAUUUUGGUAAAACCACACCUCUUCCAGAUGGACAGAACCUGGAUCACUACAGACCCUGGGAGGAAGGCAACCGAGAAGACGGAUACUUAUGGGGCCUUGACAACCUGCUGCAAACCCUUUCCUUAUUAGCCAGGGAGUGACCUUCUUACUGCGAACUUUUUUACUUACUGUCCUGGUGACAGCAACGGCAUGCUGAUAGACACUUAUAAACCUUCUGCAGUGCAUUAUGGGGAGACUACCAGUGAGCAAGUCCAUUACUUUACAGUAUUAAGCUGUAAAAAGCAUUUGACCAUGAUCAUGGUUUCAAAAACCCAAAUUUGUUUGUUGUCAUUGCACAUCAUACAAUCAUUACUGUUCCCCAAUGUCCAGGUGUAGUUUUUAAAAAAAAAAAAAAAAAAAAAAAAAAAAAAAAAAUCACAUACAGGCACAAUGUAUAUUUGUCAAUAUAUAUUUUACAAAACUAACUUCAAGCACUUAACCAUAAAACUUUCGAUCAUAAGGGACAAAUUCAGUUAAGCUUGUCAAUUUUUUUGGUUGGUAGGUUGGUAGUUUGCAUGCUUGAAUCUAUCAAAAUCAAUAAUUUCUUCACACAUCAUAUAAGACAGACUCAAAGCUAGUUGUUGGCUGUUCCAUGUCUAGGCCCAACGAACACUAGUCAAACAAGUGACAUUGCACAACUGACUGUUUUCUUCAAAUACCAUCAAACUAACACGUACAGUAGGUGCAGCACAUGAUUGCAGUGUGCUACAUGAAACGCAUACAGUGAUACAAUGUGAUUAAUGCACAACACUAGUGCAUUUAUAGUACAAUGUGAUGAUAAUAAUCGCUUUGACUUCAGUGAUCAAUCAAGGGUGGUGUAACAGAUUCUUUGGAUGAUUGCAUAGAUAUAUAGUAUUGGUUUUACGUAUAAGAACCUGGGUUGUGAUUUUAUAAACCUGCACACCACUGAAAGUGUUUCAUUAUAAGACAAACUUAACGUUGUGACACUAUUUUGUUUAGGGGGGCAGGUGAGUUUCAUUACAGUGUUCCCUGUGCAGUAUGUUUAUGACCAAUAAAACAUCUGCUCAAAAAUCA